CCUGUAUGAAUGUCACAUGACCAAAUUGGAGUCGUAUGAUGUGAGUUUUCGUGUUUGGGGUUACUGGCGGCUGCAGAGGGACGCUGUGCUCCCUGGAAACGCUUCGGUCCGGUGGGCCACACACACCAUGCUCCUCGCAGCUCCACCUUCAUGUGAGCCUCCCCGCGCUCAGGUUCGGUAAUCCUCCAUAACGCGCCAUGGCCUCCGAGCAGCACACCGGCCGCCACUCCCAGCCCAGUGCAGAGUACUUCUUAUGGGACUAUCGCCUCCAGCUCAUCGGCCUUGGCUUCGGCUUCUAUACUGCAGUGUUCCUCUUCUGUCACCUCCUGUCUGUGUCUCUGUGCCGGACCUACAAGUCCCUGCUGGCCAAAGAAAAGGUUUUUUGGAACCUUGCUGCCACCCGGGCAGUGUUUGGGAUCCAGAGUACAGUAGCCGGUCUCCGGGCCCUCACUGAAGACUCCUCAGUCACCAGAGACAAAGUGAGGGGCCAGGAAGACUGGUCAUGGUUUAACGUGCUCACAGCCACUGGCUUUUUUGCAUUUGAGAAUGUUGCACUUCACGCCUCCAGUGUGGUGUUUUGGUCAUUCGACCUCCCACUGGCCACGCACCAUUUCUUCGCCCUGUCAGGAUAUGUCGGGGCGGUGGUGUGGGAUUCCCUGGGUCACUUCCUGCCCAUGGUCACCCUCCUGCUGGAGAUGAGCACGCCAUUCACCUGUAUAUCCUGGAUGCUGCUGAAGGCUGGCUGGGCACGCACUCUGUUCUGGAAAGCCAACCAGUGGGUGAUGAUUCACAUGUUUCACUGUCGCAUGGUACUCACUUACUACAUGUGGUGGGUAACCUUGACCCACCGGGUGGAGCUGUGGACCCACGUGCCCCUGCCCCAGCUAAUACUCUUCUUCACUGGCCUCGCUCUGCUCACACUUAUCAUCAACCCCAUAUGGACCCACAAGAAGACAAUGCAGCUUCUUAAUCCUUUGGCACAGCAUACGGACGGCACCGACGUCAGCUGA